CACUCAUCACUUCCACAAUCACUACCACAUCUUUAGUGCAAUAUUUCCUCUUCCAAACUUUCCAAGUCAAUAAUGGCUAGCUCAAUGUUUCUCAAAGUUACAUUCUUGGCUAUGACGUGCUUGAUUUUGGGUACUCCCUUAGCUAAUGCAGCUCUUUCAUGUAGUCAGAUACAACUCACUAUAGCACCAUGCAUUGGAUACGUUAGGAGCCCAACUCCAUCCGUCCCAGCACCUUGUUGCAAUGGGGUUAGAAGUGUAAAUAACCAAGCUAAAACUGUCCCUGAUCGUCAAGGUGUUUGUAGGUGCCUCAAAUCCACUUUCCUCAGCCUAUCUGGACUCAACCUUCCAGCUCUUGCUGCUCUUCCAGCCAAGUGUGGUGUCAACUUGCCCUACAAAGUUAAUCCCUCCAUUGACUGUAACAUAGUGAAGUACUGAGCAGCUUGCAGGUCUUGUGCUUAAUGGAUAUGUAUUUAUUGGUUUGUGAUGAUAACCAAGAAGGAAUAAAGAUGUCUUAACUUAUCCUGUUGCAACUGAAUCCCCAUUAGGGAUCACUAUAUUUAGAAUGAAUUUCUAUAAUAAUAAAAAU